AUGGCUUCAUAUCGAGCGGACGACGAUGAGAUCAGCAUAGCGACCUCACAAGUCAAUGUUAGGCACUCUGAAGAGAUUCUGAACGACCCCGACGAUGCAUCAUCUCAUAAUGCUGAAGGGUGCUCCAAUUACGAGCAUGGAGGAAGCAAUUCCCGAAGCCCCGGUUCUGAGACACCCAUCUCAAAGGCACGCCCAGGAUUUCACCGGACAGAAACUAGGCCCGUGAUUGAGGACAACGACAGAAAUGAGAUUUUUCGAAUUGCGACGGCGCUUUCCCGUCGCCAUUCCGUCACCACCGCCGGUGAAGGCCCGUCUCGCGUCCACACGCUCAUUACUUACGAUGAAGACUCCCCGGCUUUGGACCCGCAAAGCGAUGGAUUCAGCUUGGAGAAAUGGCUCCAGAAUUUCGUCAAGACCCUUCGCGAGCAGAACAUCACGGCUAAGCAGACUGGCGUGGCGUUCAAGGAUCUCAAUGUCACGGGCACGGGGGCUGCUGUCCAGGUCCAAGAGACGGUUGCAUCGGUGCUGCUCGCUCCUCUACGACUCGGCGAAUUUUUCAGCUUCGGAAAGAAGGAGCACAAGCAUAUUUUGAGAAACUUUGAUGGUCUCCUUCGAAGUGGUCAGCUCUUGAUUGUCCUGGGUAGACCUGGGUCGGGUUGCAGCACCCUUCUAAAGUCGCUUUGCGGUGAGCUCCACGGAUUGAGGGUGGACGCGAAAUCUGCCAUUCACUAUGAUGGAAUUCCCCAGAAGCUCAUGAAGAAGGAGUUCAAGGGCGAGGCCAUUUUCAAUCAGGAGGUUGACCGACACUUCCCCCACCUCACAGUAGGUCAGACCCUGGAGUUUGCGGCCUCGGUUCGAACGCCGUCUCGCCGAAUCAAUAACAUGAGCCGAAAGGACUUUGUUCAGUAUGUCGCCAAGGUUGUCAUGGCUGCGUUCGGUCUCAGUCAUACCUAUAACACCAAGGUGGGAAAUGACUUCAUUCGUGGCAUCUCUGGCGGAGAGAGAAAGCGAGUGUCUCUCGCUGAGAUGAUCCUCUCCGGUUCGCCUUUCUCUUCUUGGGAUAAUAGCACUCGUGGUCUCGACUCCGCUACUGCCCUCAAGUUCGUCUCUGCAUUGAGAAUGGCUGCCGACAUGGCUGGGCAUGCCAGUCCUGUGGCAAUCUACCAAGCCAGUCAAGCCAUUUAUGAUCUCUUCGACAAGACCAUCGUGCUUUACGAGGGCCGGCAAAUCUACUUUGGCCCAGCAGAGCAAGCCAGGGGCUUUUUCGAGAGACAAGGCUGGUAUUGUCCCUCUCGUCAAACCACUGGCGACUUUCUCACAUCGGUCACCAACCCGACAGAGAGAAAGGCACAACCUGGAAUGGAAAACAAGGUCCCGCGAACUCCAGAUGACUUUGAGAAAUAUUGGCGUGAGUCGCCCGAGUACCGCGCGUUGAAGCAGGAUAUCGAGGCGUACGAGGUUGAGUACAUGGUCGAACGCCAGGGAGAGAGUAUCGCCCAACUUCGAGAGGUCAAAAACAGGCAGCAGUCCAAACACGCUCGACCAAAAUCCCCAUACACUCUCAGCGUCCUGAUGCAGGUCCAGCUCUGCACCAAGCGGGCCUAUCAACGCAUCUGGAAUGACCUCUCGGCAACUGGAACACAAUGUUUCGUGCAGCUCGUCAUGGCUCUCAUUAUUGGAUCUAUCUUCUACGGAACGCCUGAUGCAACUGCUGGAUUCUAUGCUAAAGGCUCUGUUUUAUUCCUGGCUGUUCUUCUUAAUGCAUUAACAGCCAUUUCGGAAAUCAGCAGUCUUUACAGUCAGCGACCGAUCGUGGAAAAACAUGCUUCAUUUGCUUUUUACCAUCCUGCUUGUGAGGCUGCUGCUGGCAUUGUGGCUGACGUACCGAUCAAAUUUACUACCGCGUCUGUCUUCAACAUUGUGCUCUACUUCAUGGCUGGAUUGCGACGAGAGCCAGCCAAUUUCUUCCUAUACUUCCUGAUUACCUAUAUGUCUAUGUUUAUCAUGAGCGCCGUCUUCCGCACGAUGGCAGCUAUCACGAAGACGGUCUCUCAGGCUAUGACCUUGUCGGGGGUCAUAGUUCUUGCCCUCGUUGUCUAUCUCGGAUUCACCAUUUCUCCUCCGGAAAUGAAGGUUUGGUUCUCCUGGAUUCGGUGGAUCAACCCAAUAUAUUAUGCUUUCGAGAUUCUUGUCGCCAAUGAAUUCCACGGUCGUCAAUUUAUCUGCUCUAGUAUCAUCCCGCCUUAUACACCUCUUAUCGGAAACUCGUGGAUUUGCGCUGCUACUGGCGCUGUUGCUGGUCAGGAUUAUGUAAGCGGAGAUGCCUUCAUUGCUGAACAAUAUGAGUACUACUACUCCAAUGUCUGGAGGAACUUUGGUAUUCUUUGGGCUUUUCUUAUCGGUUUCAUGGCUAUCUACUUUGUCGCUAUCGAGGUCAAUUCCUCAACAAGCAGCACUGCCGAGGCUCUUGUCUUCCGAAGGGGUGGUGUGCCGGCUCAUUUGCGCACCGGUCAAAAGCAAUCUCUAAGGGAUGAAGAGACGCCAGUGGAUUCAACUAGCAGGGGGAGCGCCACUGGUGAAGGCGUCAAUGCAAUCGAGCCUCAGAAGGAUAUCUUUACCUGGCGCAAUGUUAUAUAUGACAUUGAGAUCAAGAAAGAGCAAAGACAGCUUCUGGAUCACGUCUCUGGUUGGGUCAAGCCAGGUACGUUAACUGCGCUGAUGGGCGUCAGUGGUGCUGGAAAGACAACAUUGUUGGAUGUGCUCGCGCAACGCGUGAGCAUGGGUGUCGUCACUGGUGAUAUGCUUGUGAAUGGCAAGCCUUUUGAUGCUAGCUUUCAGCGCAAGACGGGCUACGUGCAACAGCAAGACUUGCACCUCGAAACUGCCACUGUCCGCGAGAGUCUACAAUUUAGCGCAAUGCUAAGGCAACCGAAGUCCGUCAGCAAGAAAGAAAAGUACAAGUUCGUCGAAGAGGUCAUCAAAAUGCUCAACAUGGAGGAGUACGCAAACGCCGUCGUCGGUGUUCCAGGCGAGGGUCUCAAUGUCGAGCAGCGAAAACUCCUGACCAUUGGAGUUGAACUGGCCGCAAAGCCAAAGCUGCUUCUUUUCCUCGAUGAACCCACCAGUGGUCUUGAUUCACAGAGUUCUUGGGCCAUCUGCUCGUUCCUACGAAAGCUGGCCAACUCUGGACAGGCUGUGCUGUGUACCGUCCAUCAGCCAAGUGCGAUUCUCUUUCAGGAAUUCGAUCGUCUACUCUUCCUGGCCAAAGGUGGCAAGACUGUAUACUUUGGAAAUAUCGGAGACAACUCGCACACCAUGCUAGACUAUUUCGAGUCGAAGGGAGCCCGAAAGUGCGGCGAGGAAGAAAACCCGGCCGAGUAUCUUCUGGAAAUUGGCAACAGCGGAUCCAACGGCGAGGGCAAAGAUUGGCACACCGUCUGGAAGGAAAGUGAAGAACAUGCGGCCCUCGAAACCGAGAUUGAUAGAAUCCAUGCCGAGAAACAGACUGAAAAGGUGGCAGGAGAAGACGACCCCACCUCCCAGGCCGAGUUCGCGAUGCCGUUUAGGUAUCAAGUUCAAGAAGUUACUUAUCGAGUUUUCCAGCAGUAUUGGAGGAUGCCCAGUUACAUCUUUGCCAAAUUCAUUCUAGGUAUCGCGGCUGGUUUAUUCAUUGGAUUCUCGUUCUUUAACGCCAAUAACACACAGGCCGGAGUGCAGGAGGUCAUCUUCGCUGUGUUCCUUCUAACGACAAUCUUCUCAACUCUUGUACAGCAGAUUCAACCGCUCUUCAUCACGCAACGAUCGCUAUACGAAGUCCGAGAACGCCCAAGCAAGGCCUACUCGUGGAAAGCAUUCAUCAUUGCUAAUAUCAUCGUGGAAAUUCCAUAUCAGAUCAUUACUGCGGUUCUCAUUUACGCCUGCUUCUACUACCCAGUUAUGGGCAUCCAAAGCUCUGCCCAGCAGGGGCUGAUCCUUCUCUUUGUCAUCCAGCUCUUUAUCUACGCCAGUUCCUUUGCGCAUAUGACUAUUGCCGCUAUGCCGGAUGCGCAGACGGCAGCCAGUAUCGUCAUACUGCUUUCUCUGAUGAGCUCUAUUUUCAGUGGUGUACUCCAGUCUCCGACUGCUCUUCCAGGAUUCUGGAUUUUUAUGUACCGCGUUUCGCCCUUCACGUACUGGAUCGGUGGCAUCGUAUCGACGGCGCUUCAUGGUCGACAGAUCACCUGUUCGGAGAAAGAGACGUCAGAAUUUAACCCACCCAGCGGUUCAACUUGCGGUGAAUAUCUCGAACCAUUCCUCCAAGAAGUCCCCGGAACGCUGCAGAACCCUAACGCCAGGGAACAAUGCCGGUAUUGCUCAGUUAGCACCGCCGACCAAUACCUUGCAGCUUCCCAGAUCUACUGGAGUCAGCGAUGGCGCAACUACGGGAUCUUUUGGGCUUACAUCUGGUUCAACAUCAUGAUGGCGAUUGUCUUGUACUACUUUUUCCGGGUGAAGAAGUUGGGCAGACGUUAA